AUGCCGCACAUCCAACUCCUCCACAUCCGGCAAUCGGCAUCCACCGGAGCCGAAGUGGGUCGCUCAAUCGGCAUCUCGAUCGGUACUAUUAUCAGCAUCGUAGCCGUAAUCAGCAUAAUAGUACUCUUCUACCUCCGAAGGGAGAAAGAGCCUUCCUUCUCCACCGCCGCGCCGAAUGCGAUGGAUCCGGAGGCACUAGCGAAAGAGGCCCUGAUGGAGGCAGAGACAGAGGCGAAAGCGAAGGCGGAGGAGGAGGAGGAGGAGGAGACCGAGGAGGAGGAGGAGGAGGAAGAGCAGGAGGCAGUGGUAGUGGUAGUGGUGGACAUGGGAACCGAAGUGGGGAUGGAGGUCAAUAUCCUGGCGGCGGAGGAGUCAACAAAGGGAAUUCUGAAUGGGUAUCAAGAGGAAACCGAGCCAGAACCAGGAGACGCUUCUACGACCGUCGACCACCACCGCCGUCGCGGUCGCGAUCAAGACCGUCAAGGCAUGAACUUCAACUUCAGUGUCCCCGGUCACGUAGCCCUCACCGCCAGCCCAGCUCUCAUCAGGAUCCCGUCAGCGUCUCCAAAGACCCAGUGGUCCAUCUACCACUACUUCCGUGCCGUCUUCAUCUCCGGAAUACCGUCAGCCGCCUCCGCCUACAUCAACCGACUUCCCGAGAGAUAUGCCACCGGCGCUUUCCACAGAGUACAGUUCCUCACCCUUGCUAUCUCCUCCAACUGUUCCACUACCUCCACUCCUCGUUUACCCACAGCCUCCGCCAUCCACUACUAUAUCCGAUUCCUCUACUCCGAGCGCACGGCCUGA